AUGACUAGUCCAAUUGGAGAAUUGACAAGCAAUAACGACGGUACCUCAGGGUGGAUGGGUACUGAACAAUCUGAAUUGUCUGUGAAAACACAAGGGUCUGAAUGUUUACAAAAGGGACAAAGGGAGUCUGGUACCGUCUUAACCAGUUCACCUAUCGAUGAAAAAUCAAAUCAAGUUUCUGCCAGUGUGACAGAGAAUUCUGUUAUUCUACCGCUUGCUUCAUCGAAUCAAGUUUCUGCCAAUGUUACGGAGAAUUCUGUUAUUCUACCGCCUGCUUCAUCAAAUCAAGUUUCUGGGAAUGUUACAGAGAAUUCUGUUAUUCUACUGCCUGCUUCAUCAAACGAAGUUUCUGUGGAUGUUACAGGGAAUUCUGUUAGUCUACCGCCUGCUUCAUCAAAUAAAAUUUCUGCCAAUGUUACAGAGAAUUCUGUUAUUCUGCUGCCUGCACCGCCUCAGGAUGAUUUGGAAAAGAAUUGCCAGACCGUAGAGGGUUCACACCUUGAACAAAGUACCGAUGAACAAGUCCCUGUACAGUUACCUAACGAUAAAUCUGAAAACCCAUGUCCAUUGUCCGAAAAUGAACCUGUAGUAUCUCCAUGCCAACCAUUAUCUGAAAAUAAACCUGUAGAAUCCCCAUGCCAACCAUUAUCUGAAAACGAGCCUGUUGAAUCUCCAUGCCAAUCAUUGUCUAAAAAUAAACCAGUAGAAUCCCCAUGCCAGCCAUUGUCUGAAAAUGUACUUGUAGAAUCUCCAUGCCAAUCAUUGUCUAAAAAUAAACCAGUAGAAUCCCCAUGCCAGCCAUUGUCUGAAAAUGAACCUGUAGAAUCUCCAUGCCAAUCAUUGUCUGAAAAUAAAGCUGUAGAGUCCCCAUGCCAACCAUUGUCUGAAAAUGAACCUGUUGAAUCUUCAUUCCAAUCAUUGCCUGAAAAUAAACCUUUAGAAUCCCCAUGCCAACCAUUGUCCGAAAAUGAACCUGUAGAAUCCGUUCCUGACUUUGCUAUUGAUGGCCAAAUGCAAUCUAGUCCAGCUGAAGCUAAUAUGAGUUCUGGGAAUGAAUUGUUGGAUUCACCUACUGGAGAUGUGAACAAUAUUAGUUCCAUUUGUCCAGAAAGAGUGUCUUAUAGCCCCACUAAUUCACUAUUGAGGCGCAGGGGUAAAAGAAACUCAAAAUUAUUGAAGAAGACGUAUAUGCUACGGUCAAUAGGAAGCAGUGACAGAGCUUUGCGGUCAAAAACAAAAGAAAAUCCCAGGGCACCUGAAACAAAUAAUAAUAAUGAUGCAAUGCAGAGGAAAAGUGGGAGGAAGAAGAGAAAGAGUGGAGAGGUGGGAAUUGCCGAUCAAUUUUCUAGAAUCAAAAGUCACUUAAGAUAUUUAUUAAACAGAAUAGGCUAUGAGAAAAACUUGAUUGAUGCUUAUUCUGGCGAGGGCUGGAAAGGGCACAGUAUGGAAAAAUUGAAGCCUGAGAAAGAGCUUCAACGGGCCAAGUCUGAAAUUCUUCGACGCAAGUUGAACAUUAGGGAUCUAUUUCGAAAUUUGGAUUCAUUGUGUGCUGAAGGAAAGCUGCCAGAGUCUUUAUUUGAUUCCGAGGGAGAGAUUGACAGUGAGGAUAUAUUCUGUGCAAAAUGCCAUUCCAAAGAGUUGAGCUGUAAUAAUGAUAUAAUUCUCUGUGAUGGUGUUUGUGACCGGGGAUUUCAUCAGCUCUGUUUGGAUCCUCCGUUGUUAACUGCAGACAUUCCACCUGGUGAUGAGGGUUGGUUAUGCCCAGGAUGUGAUUGCAAAGAUGACUGCAUGGACCUUGUUAAUGACUCCUUCGGAACAAGUCUCUGUAUUAAUGACCCCUGGGAGAGGGUUUUUCCUGAAGCAGCAAGAGCUGCUGGAAAUAAUAUGGAUAACAACUUGGGACUUCCUUCUGAUGAUUCUGAUGAUGAUGAUUAUAAUCCUAAUGGUCCAGAGGAUGUGAAACUUGAAGGAGAUGAAUCAAGUUCUGAUGAAUCUGACUAUGCUUCUGCUUCUGAGAAAUUGGAGGGUUCACUUGGGGAUCAGUACUUGGGCCUUCCAUCUGAAGAUUCUGAUGAUGGUGAUUAUAAUCCUGGUGCCCCAGAUGUCGAUUGUAAAGUUAAUGAAGAAAGUUCAAGCUCUGAUUUCACUUCUGACUCUGAGGAUCUUGCUGCUGCAAUUGUGGAUUACACGACCCAUGAACAGAAUGGUGAAAUCAGAUCGGCAUCUUUGGAUGAUGUUAAGUACUUGAAAAGUUCUAGAAAACAAAAGGGUAAGGCUGGUAAGAAGCUAUCUAUGGCUGAUGAACUCUCAUCUUUACUAGAGCCAGAUUCUGGUCAAGACGGUUCUACUCCUGUUUCUGGGAAAAGGAAUUUGGAAAGGUUGGACUACAAAAAGCUGUAUGAUGAGACAUACCACAGUGAUACUAGUGAUGAUGAAGAUUGGACAGCCACUGCUACUCCAAGUAGAAAGAAGAAAGGCAAUGUGACUCCAGUGUCACUAAAUGGAUAUGCUUCAAAUAAUUCCAAGCACACUCCUAAGAGGAAUGGCCACCAGAAUAAAUUUGAAAAUACAAAAAAAUCACCUGCUAAAUCACUCCAUGGCUGUGUGAAAUCUGAUUCCAGGGAUAGAAGGUCUUCAGCAUACAAAAGGCUAGGGGAAGCUGUAAUUCAGAGACUUCACGUAUCUUUUAAAGAAAAUCACUAUCCAGAUAGAACCACAAAAGAAAGCUUGGCUCAAGAACUUGGACUUACUUGUCAGCAGGUUGCCAAAUGGUUUGACAAUACUCGAUGGAGCUUCCGGCAUUCAUCAAAAAAGGAAACCAAUUCAGGUAGAAAUGCUUUACAGCAAACUCCUGACAGCAGAGUUGAAAAUGAGGGGGAUGAAUGUGAAUUAAUGUCCCAGGAGGUCAGUGGAGAAAAAUCAAAAGCCCCAAGCUCUAGAAAAAGGAAGCGUUUAUCAGAACACCAACCAUCUGAAGCACAGCUGGAUACCAAUGGCAGGGCAUCAAGCUCACCAAAUACUCAACAAACCCUAAUAGGCAAGAAAAUGAAGACAAGGAGAAGAAAAUGA